ACCAGAGAUGAGGAGGUGAGUGAGGAGGGAGGGAGCUGUUGGUGUGUGUGGAUUCAUACAACGCCGGGCAUAAAACAGCACACAGCUCUACAGCCGUCAGUGGCCUGACAGGAUUUCAUUCGGGCCACGGAACAGACGUGUUUCCACUCACUGCUGCACAGACUGGUGCCGCAUCCCCUGCUGGCCGUCGAUGGGAAGCUGCUAAUCCAGCUGUCGUCUAGUAAAUGUAGAGGAUGGCACUGUUCUGUCUUCUCUUCCUCCCAGCCAUGUCACCCUUACUCAGCGUGUCGGCGUAUAACACAUCUGCUGGUUGUGCUAUCAUCCGUCCCCCCAGAGAUGGAGGGAUCAGAUACAGAGGUCUGACCCAGGAACAGAUCCGCAGUGUGCAGGUGCUCCCGGUAGACUAUGAGAUAGAAUACAUCUGCAGGGCCAGCAAGGUGAUCAUGGGACCCAAAGUCAGGAAGUGUUUGUCCAACGGCACUUGGACUGAUUUGAACCAGCGCACUAGAUGCUUGUUGCUGUGCCCUCGGGUGUGGACAUCAUUGGAAAAUGGCAGAGUGUCUUCUUGGCCAAUAGGUCCCCCAGUGGAGGGGACAGUGCUGCACUACAGCUGCCUGCCUGGCUUCAUCCUCAUGGGCCGAAACUCAACACAGUGCAAUAAGAUGGGCAAGUGGGACACACCCAAACCUGUGUGCCACUAUGAUCGGCAUUUCAAAGGCAAGAAGAAGCUCUACAUUGGGGCCCUGUUUCCCAUGAGUGGAGGCUGGCCCGGAGGACAAGCCUGCCUGCCUUCCGCUCAGAUGGCCCUGGACCUGGUGAAUAAGAGGACCGACAUACUACCGGACUACGAGCUGGAGCUGAUACACUAUGACAGUAUGUGUGAUCCUGGUGAGGCUACCAAGCUGCUGUACGACCUUCUGUACACAGAGCCCAUUAAAAUUGUGCUGAUGCCAGGCUGCAGCUCUGUGUCCACACUGGUAGCCGAAGCAGCUCGCAUGUGGAACCUCAUAGUGCUAUCAUAUGGCUCCAGCUCUCCAGCACUGUCCAACCGUCAGCGCUUUCCCACCUUCUUCCGUACUCACCCAUCUGCCACCCUGCACAACCCUACUCGAGUGCAGCUUUUCCAGAAGUGGAAAUGGACUAAGAUUGCCACCAUUCAACAAACAACAGAAGUUUUUACAUCAACAUUGGAUGAUCUAGAGGAAAGGGUGAGGGAAGCAGGGAUUGAAAUCAGCGUACGUCAGAGUUUCCUCACCGACCCUGCUGUGGCUGUCAAAAACCUCAAGCGUCAAGAUGCCAGAAUUAUUGUUGGGCUGUUCUAUGAGACGGAGGCCAGGAAGGUCUUUUGUGAGGUGUACAAAGAGAAGCUGUAUGGGAAAAAAUACGUCUGGUUCCUAAUUGGCUGGUACGCAGAUAACUGGUUUAAGAUCAAGGAUGCAUCCAUCAACUGUACCGUGGAACAGAUGACAGAGGCUGUGGAGGGCCAUGUGACCACUGAGAUUGUCAUGCUCAACCCAGAGACAGUGCGAGGAGCCUCCAAGCUGACCUCUCAAGAGUUUCUAGCUCAGCUGAUGUCUAAACUUGGUGGCAAAAAUCCAGAAGAGACAGGUGGUUUCCAGGAGGCCCCACUGGCCUAUGAUGCUGUGUGGGCUCUAGCUCUGGCUCUCAACAAGACCGUGGGCCCCCUAAAAGCCAAGGGCCAUCGUCUAGAAGAUUUCAACUACAACAAUCGAGAUAUCACUGUUGAGAUCUAUCGGGCAAUGAACACCAGUUCCUUUGAAGGAGUUUCAGGUCAUGUUGUCUUUGAUGCUCAAGGCUCUCGGAUGGCCUGGACUCUUAUUGAACAACUUCAAGGAGGGAGCUAUAAGAAGAUUGGAUACUACGACAGCACUAAAGGCAAUCUGUCCUGGUAUGGGAAUGACAAGUGGAUAGGAUCAGGACCCCCUGCAGAUCAGACGGUGGUCAUCGAAGAAUUUCGCUACUUGUCCCAGAAGCUCUUUGUGUCUGUCUCUGUCUUUGCUGGAUUGGGAAUCCUGCUGGGAAUUGUCUGUCUCACAUUCAACAUCUACAACAGAAAUGUCAGGUAUAUUCAGAAUUCUCAGCCCUACCUUAACAACAUGACUGCAGUGGGCUGCAUGAUGGCUCUGGCUGCCAUCUUCCCUCUGGGCAUUGAUGGCCUCCAUGUACAUAGGAGGCAGUUUCCUGUUGUCUGCCAGUUCCGUCUGUGGCUGCUUGGUCUGGGUUUCAGCAUUGCAUAUGGCAGCAUGUUCACCAAGAUCUGGUGGGUUCACACCGUCUUCACCAAGAAGGAUGAAAAAAAGGAUAAAAGGAAGCACCUGGAACCAUGGAAACUCUAUGCUACUGUUGGUGUUCUGCUCUGCAUCGAUAUCCUGUCUCUCAUAAUCUGGCAGAUUCUCGAUCCUUUACAUAUCACUGUGGAGAAAUUCACCAGAGAAGCCCCCAAAGGAGACCUUGAUGUUUUGAUCCAGCCUUUGUUGGAGCACUGCAGCUCAGAAAAGAUGACCACCUGGCUGGGUGUGGUAUAUGGUUAUAAAGGCUUAUUGCUACUGCUCGGCAUCUUCCUGGCCUAUGAGACCAAGUCCAUCUCCACAGAGAAGAUCAAUGACCACCGAGCCGUGGGCAUGGCCAUCUAUAAUGUUGCUGUGCUGUGCAUGAUCACAGCUCCAGUCACCAUGAUCCUGUCCUCACAGCAGGACGCCUCCUUCGCUUUUGCCUCUUUGGCCAUCAUCUUCUCCGUCUACAUCACCUUGGUGGUUCUGUUCGUCCCAAAGAUGCGGCGCCUGAUAACACGGGGUGAAUGGCAGUCAGAUGCCCAGGAGACCAUGAAGACGGGCUCUUCCACCAAUAACAAUGACGAGGAGAAGUCCAGACAGCUUGAGAGAGAGAAUAAGGAGCUGCAGAAAAUCAUCCAAGAGAAAGAAGAACGUGUGUCGGAGCUCAGAAAUCAGCUGUCUGAGCGCCAGGCCCUGCGAUCAAGAAGAAGAGCAUCUACCAUUACCAAUCAGAACCACAGUCCCCCUCCCCUCACCAUCACCCACAGUGACCCCAGAUCACUAGCGCCUCCUCCAGGGUACCCUGCACCCACCACCGAUCUCCACUCCCAUCCCUUUGCAAACUCGUCCAGCCUCUACCAGCCAGACAGCACUAUCAGUCGAAAUAACUGCCAUCCUAGUCGGCUGCAGCUGCUCUACAAGUGAACAACUGGAGAACAGGAUUAUAGUGUUCUACGUAAAGGUGUAAAAAAGGAAGUUCAAACAUAAGUUUAAAAAAUCAGUAUCUGUUGGAGGAGCUCUUUCCAAAGACCAUUCCACCCAGACCCAGAGGUUAGCUAACGUAAGGUCAUUGUUUAAGAAAUCACCAGUAAGGUUUCCAUUUCAGUGGUUUUGUUUUUCAUUUCUCUCAAAGCUAAAAUGUUGUUAAAUAUAAAAUUUAGCAAGAAAAAAACCAAAUCAAAUCAAAUAUACAGACUCUCGUUAUUUUUUUUUUAGAAUAAUAUUUCUGCAGCCUACAACUGCAUAUUUAGGAUGUUUUCAAAUGUGGCACUCUUUAAAAUGACAGCGUAGCAAAGGGUCAAAUAGAGGUGUUUAGAUAUUGCUUUGUCCUCUAAGAGUUGAUUAUGAGGACAAACUUGAUCAAUGAUACCAGUUUUGUGACUAAGUAACUGGUUGUAUUCAUUACUACUACGGUUUGUCAUUUUUAACUGUCUGAUGGUGGCUUUUGUAUUGAUAUUGGUCUCUGUUCAAAGAGACUGCAGUCUUAUACAAUGCUGUGUGUGUUCAUACUAAAGCCCUCACUGCAGAUCAACCUAGCCCUGUUGAUUUAAGACUCAAAAAACUGAGGACAUGCUGCACUCAAGAGCUGAAGUAGCAUUACAUGAGGCUAAAAGCAUCAAUAAAAACACCUUUACUGCUUGUGUUUAUGUUUACGCUUAAGCUGGGUUUUUCAUUCUCUUGUUAAAAAGCCUGAAAAAGUAGCCUAGCCACGCUAGACCCAUGUUUCUGAAGGCACAAGGGUCUAGGGCUGCUCGACAGGGCUUUCAAAUCACUCUGCAGCAAUUGGGUAGGUAUACAACCAAUCAAUGCAACGAAUAGGCUGACGUAGUUCCUAGAGCGCCGGCGGAUUGUGGCUAAGUCCCAUUAGCUUCCCAACCAGCGGAGCCAACUGGUAUAUUCAGGAUUUGCCAUAUCCCGUCGGCAUAAGUCCAAAUACGUCUUUCUUCUCAAUGAAACACUUCAGUGCCGUCCUUUGUUUAUCUUUCAAGUUGAAUUUUAGCUUCAAAUCUUUAAGGGCUGUGGCCAAAGCCGAGUGGAAAGAUAACUGUUUAUUGUGCGCCGGUUGUUUCUGUCAGAAUCGUCGCGCCUCUGUCGUCACUUCGUUACGCCCGCCUUCUGACUCUACACUUCAUGGUGAUUCGUCCGGCCAGUUUUAGGAGCAUCCAGCCUCGAGCCUUAUGGAGGGUAGCUAGACCCACCCUGGCAGAGAAUUAAAUUCGUUGCCGUGGGUUGUCUAGCGCGGCUAGGCUAUGAAAAAAGUGCAAUGGGCCAACUUUCAACUAAAAAGACUUUAUUUUUAAUCCCACAGUCAGAUUUUUUUAUGUUGCUCUUUAGGGCUAAAUUAUUUUGUUUGUUUGUUUGUUUUAUGUUACAUGUGGAAACAUACACCAAAGUGUAGUUUGGUGCAUGCUGUUGCAGUUGUUUCAUUUGGGUCAUUCCAGGUGAAAUGACCAGAUAUUCCUUGGGGGUGUUGCUUCACCAUUUUCAAAUUAGUCUUAAAUUUGCAUGCCAUUAGACAGUCAUAAAAGUACUUUUUAUGCAAAAUUGUAGACCUGUAGCUCAAAUAGUUUCUGAGUUGUGGGGGUCUGAAAUUUUCAGAAUUUGGGUUAUAAAAAGCCUCGCCAGCGUUUUUUGCAUCUUUAAGUGAUUAUUUCUCAGCCUCUAGACAGGUAUGGCUCUAAACUCGACCUUGUGACACAAAAAGGGCAUUACACUUUUUGAAGGUCACCUUUAACAACGGUUGAUGCUACAGAUACGGAGGUACGGACCGUUAAAGCUGCUGUCCGGAGUUUCCGUUUGUUUUCAAUUUAUGUAUCAUUGUUUAACAAAGCUUAAAUGUGUUAGUCUAGUUCGAUACUAUAACAUAAAGUUAGUAUAACGCGAUAUGAAAAUUUAUUGCUGAGCUCCGCCUUCCUCGCAUAGACCCCCAUGUUAUUCCAAAAAGCACCGGUCGCUGCCGACCAAUCAAGUCUGAGCUUCAGCUUUGUCAUGCUGUCAAUCAACGGUUACGCGCACAGCAAGCAAGCCCAUGCAGAGGUGGGCGAGCUACACACUACGCAACCGCGCUCACAUUUGUUUUGCUUGUGGAGGAGAGAGCAUCAGGGAUCAGCAACUUCCAGAAAAGUUACCAAUCCCACGGCUUGUCAGGCCAAGAGACUGCAGGACGUUUUUUGGCUCAGGGUGCUCGCGUCGCUCUCCGACCACGGCCUCCAUAGCCCGCCUGACGGCUUCGUUUAGACCUCUGGAGGAAGAUGUUGGGGCGUCUGGGACAUACUCUUCAUCAGAGGAGUCAUGCAAUUCUGAACUCUAGAUAGACAUAAAUAAACAAUGUAACACAUAUACACCUGUAAAUGCACUAAGUUUGAUCAACAACGUCAUCGAGAGGGAUACACGAGUGUAAUCACAUAUUGAAACUUUACUCGUUCAUCCUAGCAGAUUCAUGUUAUUUUGGUAUUAGGACAAGUUAGACUCAAUACAGAAUUCUAACGUAAUUCCUUUAUUAUUUACUAAAUGUACUAAAUGUAGAAGAGUGGAAAACAGCAAAACAGGCAAGAUGCUGCAGCACUCCGGGCACUCCUGUCAGGUACAGGCGCGUGCACAAAUAAAGGGGCGAAAUCAGAGGGAGGGUGGGAUCAACAGUGUUUUGGGAGACGCUGCGAUUCAAACUCCGGACAGCAGCUUUAAGGUCACUGAAGAGCUGGCGCCAGUUAACUACUAUUUGCUGCACAUUACAGGCAGUUUAUAUGAAUGACUUUGACAGCGAACAUUGUAUAAUUUAACCAAAAAUAGACCGUCUCCUCUCACACUUUAGACAUUGCAGUUUUUACGCUUUUAGACGCCGUGUCUAAAUUGUUUGAAGUCCAGUUCCUAUUAAUUAGUCUACCGCGUUCAGUGGUGGAAGCGGCUGACGAACUCCAUUGCAAAUGUUCCCAUUUAAUUUCGGACACUAAUUUACAAGAUAAAGUUAAGGAUGUCGAAUAUGAAACAAACACUCGUGAAUGGUGAGGAGCAGCUCUUUAAUUCGGCAUGAAUUAAAAAAAAAACCCCACAAACUCGAUUUACUGUGAUAUUGUGAGAUUUGUUUGUGGUUAUGUAACUUAGCCAUUCUUUUUUUUUUUUUUUUUUUUUUUUUGUAACUUAGCCAUUCAACAGAGUCCGCUAACAGUGACUGCCGUGCAGGGUCUGUGUUGACAGACGUAGAAAAUACGUCAGGGUUUUGUUUAGGUUGUUAAUAUGUAAUAGUCUGUCGUUUGUGCUUUAUUAGAACAGGGUCACGUGAAGAAAAAGUUUUGCUAUUUUUAAUAGUAGUGCUGAUUUCAACCCCCAAAUCGCUGUCCGUGAAAAAGUCAGAUAAUGAUAUUUAUAAGACAUUAUGCAUGAUAGAAAAGAGAACAGCAGAUGACUGACAUGACAGGCUCGGCACGCAGAUUCACCUCGAAUCACGGAAGCGCCUUCAUCACUCGGAUUACCAAAACGGCUCAUUAAUAUUUAUGUACGUCAGAUUACCAGCCAAUCACAAAGCCCGUUCAUCAGCCGGCUCAUUAAUAUUCAUGUACGUCUCAUUAAUAUUUAUGAAGGGAAAGUGCCGUAUCCGUAGGCCACAGGCUACGGGUAUCUGUAGACACUACCUUUAAGAACUAACAUUUCAAAAAAAAAACAAAACAAAACAUACAUAAUACUACCAUUGGAAUGACUACUAAUACUUGUAUCCCAAUAAAAAGUACUGAAAGGCAAAAAACAAUUUUGACAUUACCCAUGCCAUUUUGAGGAAGAAUAUCUCAGUAACUACAAAUAUAACCUAGCUGCUUUUUUGUACAGUAGAAGACAGAUGGAACUGUCUUGUAGAAAAAGUUGGGGUCUCUGGUACCUGUCCCACACUGAGAUUUUUGCCACCAAAAAUAGCCAAUUAAAAAUCUCGUCUUUGGGAGCUCAUAUUUUCCAAACUGAGGUAUCUAGAAAGCUCCAGUAUGCUAAGUUAUCACACAAGUUUGUGUAGAAUGGAACCCAGGGGUGUUAGAACAUUUCUGUGCAGUAUUUCUAGUACUUUUAAGGUCCCAAACCCCACUUGCGAGUAGGUUUUUCUUAAUUUUUUAGCAUUUUUAGCAAGCCCCCAUGGAGGGAAACACCUGGGGAUGUUUGUGGGGCAACAUGCAGAGGCCUUGUUUACCAACUCACAGCUCUCUGGUAUGUCUAGAGGCUGAGAAAUAACCACUUAAAGAUGCAAAAAAAACCCUGGCGAGGCUUUUUAUAACCCAAAUUCUGAAAAUUUCAGACCCCCACAACUCAGAAACUGUUUGAGCUACAGGCCUACAAUUUUGCAUAGAAAGUACUUUUGUCUAUGUAUUGUAUGUCUAGUGACAUACAAAUUUAGGACUAAUUUGAAAAUGGUGUGGCAACCACCAUCUGGUGAAACCACACAGAAUGACCCAUUUUGGCAACAAAAAGCAUAAAAAAGCAUACCCAACCAGUAUCAACUCUUUUUUUUUUUAAUCAGAUGAAUUUCAGUUCUGUUGGAAUGGAAUUUGAAAUUUAUAGCUCAUGUUUCCUAAUUGUAUUAAAGAUUUUUUUGAAAUAAAUUACCCCCUUUUUUUCUUUUUUUUAAACUAUUGAGCAGGGGGUAAACACACUAACAGUGCAUUUCAAGUUCACUUGUUCUAUUUCAUCACUUUCAUCUGUUUUUGACAGUAUUUUUAGGGACUGAGGUAAAACAAAGCCACAUCAGUUCAACCUACUGUUAUUUUUUUAUUUUCGGAUGAACUGUUACCUUGGAUUUGUCUUUAUUCAGAAAGAAAUUACUCUGACACAUACAGUCGUUAAUUUAUUCAGUGGGAAAAAGUGAGUCAAAGGGACAAAAGUCAACUAGUGAAAAAGAGACAUAGAGUAGGUUGGUUCACGUGGUUAGCCUAAAUAUGGUAAUCAGUAGGUUUCUGGAAUAACAGGAGCAUGAAUCAGUAGUCUAUUAGAAUAAUGGGCAUCCACCUCAGUGUAUAAAAUAUGUACACUUUCCCCGCCCACUGAAAGCACGAAAGGCGUACAGGGCAUUGAUUUUGAAAGCCUCUGAUGCCCUGCACACAGGCUGAUAAGCCAGAAAGGAAAACAGGAGGAAGUCUGACAUUAGGGCAUUAUUUUCUCAAAAAAGUCUGAGAACCAUCAGUUGAACAUCACCACACAUUAUUUAUAAAGUUUCUUAAAAGAAAUGUUGUUUACUAGCUAAUUUUAAAGUAGUUUCUUGUGAAAGUAACCGCUGUAAGCAUGUGGCUCAUUUAGGAAGGUUACUUCAACCACCAAAAAAAACACAAAAGAGAACAGAAGAGUAAAUCUUGCUUGUAUGUGUGUUGACUCAGCAGGGCCAAUAUUAAAGCUGAACUACAGGAGAAUACAUAAAAACAAUUCAAAUAUUAAUAAGAAACACUGAAUGUCUCACUGCAUUAUAAUACGUUGUAUGUUGAUUUUUCACCUGUGACUUAGAAUUUUGUGUUUUCCUUUACAUAAAUCCACAUUUCUUCCAUAAACUUUGGCAGAAAAGGCACUAAUUGAUGUGUAAAAAUUCAUCAGACUGUAGGAAAUGUUCGAUGGCCCCCAAUGUUCAAAUUAAACCUUAGCCUAUGUUUGUGGUACUCAAAGGGUUUGCAGACCCACUCAGAAAACAAGGCCAUCACUUUUGCCAGAAGUUCACACAUUUUCUCUGUAGCCAUAAGCAAACGUACUCUGGAAAAUGAAACUAUCAUGCUGUCAUCAGAGUUUCCCUGUAUGAAGUGCAGCAUUUCCAUUUUGUUGGACUCACGCUUCUGCUUUUUUGGUUUCAUUUGUGAAUACCACAGCUUUCUGUGACUUCCUGAUCAGUUUCACUCAAGAGGUUUUCACUGGUGGAAAAUGAAAUCUUAUCUCAUGCUUAUUGACAGUGCCAUGUGGGAAUUUUGGUUUCUAUAGUGUCUGUGAGCUUUGUAUUUCUGUGAAUCACCUGACUGGCUCUCACAGACUUCACUGAAACAGGAGGGCUGAUGUUAUCGGAGCACUGUGGGCCAGAUAGCACAAUUGCAAGUAGGUCACACAUUGUUACUUCAAUCAUAAAGAAGGUUACUAUCAUCAAGAACCUUUACUAGCUCAAACAUUGGCAAAACUCAACUUUACACUGUUACUCAACAGAGAAAAGAAAACAUGGCACUAUAUCAUAUGCCAUCAUCUCUCUGCUGGAUUCAGCUUCCCUGUAAACGUGAAAGAGAGUAAAGCAUGUAUUGUACGUAGUAUAGCACAGUUUGUUUUCAGCUGGUUCACUGUUUAUUGUUUGUUUAAACCAUGGGUCAAUAUUUUGGAGGUCAUUAAGAAACGACGGUUUGGAAAUCAUACAGAUUACAAGUGUAAUAGUUUGUUCUGACAACUAGCACUGCCCACACAUAAACAAAAUAAUCCCCUGCUAAUCACUAUUGGAAAUACUGUUGUCUGAUCUGCUGUCUGUGGUUAAUAUUUGGCCAAUUUAGAGUAUCAAAACUAUUUAUUUGACAUUUGGUAACAAUAAUGGUUGUGGUAAAAAGAAACUUAUAGUGAGUUUAAGUAGAACACCAGAAACAAUCUUUAGCAUCUAAACUGCAAACUUUAUUGGCCCACUCCGCAUGGCCUUUACCGGCUUCACCUUAUCAUCAUAGCUGCUGACACACAGUUCUAAUUCACACCGCCAUCAGAGUCUUAGCAACUUAAUUGGUAUCAAGGACUUUGAAGAUACCUCCAUGGCUUGAUGCUACAGUUAUUACACAUGUAUUUAUGAUUUGUGUCCAAGGUCUCUUUUAGAGAGCUUUGUUUACAAUGACAUUUCUACAUAAGAAGUACAAAUUGUUCUCUUUACAUCAUUGUUUUUGAUUUUGCUGAGUUCUCUUUUGUACUAAACUUUUGUGUGAGGUUUCACACAGAAUUGUAAUUUUAUAUUAAUCUACCUAGCCUUUCCUUGAGCUUUUAUCCACACGUAAGUGUCUUCUUCAGCAAAUUGAGUUUUUUUUUUUUUUACCUGCAUCUCUUUGUGAUAGUAUUUUUUUAAAUUCAAUGCCAUGUCUGUUUCUUUGUCUGCAGUACAUGUUCAUAAGCUCUUUUUGUUUUACCAUAAACAGUCAUGACAACAAUAUUGUGUUAUCUCUACUCAAGGAAUGGAAAUGGUCUUUGUUUUCGAUUUAGUCUCAUGUAUAUUCUGUGUGGUAACAGAGCUUGUCUCAUUAGCAUGGAUAGUUUGAGUUCUGAAGCACUUCUGAAUUGACUAAUGACGACCAUAUGAGGUGCAUAGGUAGCCUAGCCACGCUAGACCCAGGUCUGAAGACGCAAGGGUCUAGGAACUCUCGACAGGGAGGGAGGCGGGCUAAAAGGUUGUCUAUCAAAUCACUCUGCAGCAAUUGGGUAGGUAUACAACCAAUCAGCGCAACGAAUAGGCUCCUAGAGCGCUGGAAAUCAGAGGAUGCGGGAGUUCGGUGAAGCCUUAUUUAUACAGUCAGUGGGUGAAGCUCAAGUAUAUUACAGACAUGUUAACAGAAAGAUUAUUCAGAGUCGGUGCUAAUGGAGCUCAACGACUGUUGUCGUUUUUGUUGCCCGAUACUGGCACAGAAUUAAAUUCGUUGCCGUGUGUUGUCUAGCGUGACUAGGCUAGUUGUUUCCGGUUGUUUCUGUCAGAAUCGUCGCGCUUCUGUCGUCACUUAGUUACGCCCGCCUUCUGACUCUACACUUCAUGGUGAUUCGUCGGCCAGUUUUAGGAGCAUCCAACUUCGAGGCUUACCGAGGGUAACUAGACCGACCCUGGCAGAGAAUUAAAUUCGUUGCCGUGGGUUGUCUAGCGCAGCUAGGCUAGUGCAUAGGUAGAAACUGUGACAAUGUUGUGCAGUUCUCCUGUUACAUUAUUCCAAACUAACCAUGUGCAAAUACCUACUGUAUGUUUGUUUGUGAUAAUGUAUUUAACUAUUAAGUCUGUAAAACAGUGAAGAUUUAAGUGAUGUUGAUAUACACCAGAAUAUGCACAUAGACUGUAAAUAACUGAUGAUGUAAAUAUGGCAUUUGACUUUGCAUAUACAAGCUGCAUUUCAUGUGGUAAAGUAUUCAAAAUAUAUUUCUAUAUGCUGGGAUAUCUGAUAUUGCAGAAUAAUUCAAAUGCAAGAAUGAAAAUAAAACUAGCUGUUUUUCUCAAAAUA